ACCCCCCCCCCCCCUCCUCUCUCUCUCUCGUUCGUGCACUAAAAUGGCAAAAGCCAGUAUUUCUGUAGAUCAGGAUCAGUUCAGCUGUCCAGUUUGUCUGGAUCUUAUGAAAGAUCCAGUGACUAUUCCCUGUGGUCACAGUUUCUGUAACGUGUGUAUUAAUGGCUGCUGGGAUCUGGAGGACAUAAAGGGAGUCUACAGCUGUCCUCAGUGUAGAGAGACUUUCACUCCAAGGCCUGUUCUAUGCAGGAACAACAUGCUUGCUGAAGUGGUGGAGAAACUGAAGAAGACUGGACUCCAAGCUGCUUCUCCUGCUCACUGUUACGCUGGACCUGGAGAUGUGGAGUGUGAUUUCUGCACCGGGAGAAAACACAAAGCUGUUAAUUCCUGUCUGGUUUGUCAGGCCUCCUAUUGUGAAGAUCAUCUUAAACCUCACUAUCAGUCUCCUGCCUUUAAGAAGCACAAGUUAGUUGAAGCGUGUGCAGAGCUCCAAGAGAAGAUCUGCUCUGAACAUGACAAACUGAUGGAGAUCUACUGUCGUACUGACCAAAGCUUCAUCUGUUACUUGUGUACGAUGGAAGAACACAAAGGCCAUGAUACAGUUUCAGCUAAAACAGAAAGAUCUGAAAAACAGAAUGAGGUAAAAGAAGAGCAUAUGAAAUCCCAGCAGAGGAUCCAGGACAAGCAGAAGAAGGUGCAGGAGCUGAAACAGACAUUGGACAUUAUUAAGAUGCGUUCACAGGCAGCAGUAGAUGACAGUGAGAUGAUCUUUACUGAACUGAUCAGCUCCAUGGAGAAAAAGCGCUCGGAGGUGAUGGAGCUGAUCAGAGCUCAGGAGAAAGCUGAAGUGAGUCGAGCUGAACGACUCCUGAAUCAACUGGAGCAGGAGAUUGCGGAACUUAAGAGGAGAGUCACUGAGCUGGAACAGCUUUCACACACACACGAUGACAUCCACUUCCUCCAGAGUUUCCCGUCUCUAUGUGUUUCUCCUGGAUGUGACGACUCACCCAGCUUCACUGUCAAUCAACAUGUCUCAUUUGAUAAAGUGAUGAAAUCUCUCUCAGGACUGAAAAUACAAGUCCAGGAAAUCUAUGAGGAGAAAUUCAACAAAAUCCAACCACAAGCUGCAGCUGUUCGGGUGAUCUUACCCUCAGUUCUAAAAAGCAGAGAAGAUUUUUUGCAGUAUUUCUGUUAUCUGACUCUGAAUCCCAACACAGCAAAUCGUCAACUCGUUCUAUCUGAGAAGAACAGAGUGGUGACACGCAAUAGAACACGUCAGCGAUACUCUGAUCAUCCAGAGAGAUUUGACUCCUGGAUUCAGGUGUUGUGUAAAGAGAGUGUGUGUGGACGCUGUUACUGGGAGGUGGAGAGGAGCAAUGACAUAGAAAUAUCAGUCUCCUAUAAAGAGAUCAACAGAAAAGGACGGGGUUAUGAGAGUUUGUUUGGGCGCAAUAGUCAGUCCUGGAGUCUGGAGUGUUCUUCUCCCUCUGUCUUUUUCUGGCACAACAACAUUAAGACUGAGAUCCGAGGUCCAUCAUCCUCCAGAAUAGGAGUGUAUGUGGAUCACAGUGCAGGAACUCUGUCUCUCUACAGUGUCUCUGACACCAUGAGGCUCCUCCACAGAGUCCACACUACAUUCACUCAGCCUCUAUACGCUGGAUUCUGGCUCAUUCGCUGUAACUCAGUUGUGAAGUUAUGUGAUCCAACUGAAAUGUAAAAAAAAAUAUUUUUCCUUAACCAGUUUUUGGUCAAGGGCCUGCUUUAAAAAGGUUCAUGCAAAGCAGAAUGUGAAAAAAAUCUAUAAUUAAAAUAAGCAUUAACAAAUUUUUUUCUCAAUAACUAUAAACAAACUACAAAUACAUACAAAUAUAUAUCAAUAGCCUAAGCUCAGGAAUUGUUUUAGGAUUCGAGUCUGGACUGUCUCAAGGCACAAAUCUGAGGAAGAGACCCAGACCCUCUGCAGCUUUGUAGGUGUCACAUUAGCCUCCAUAAUUCUUAAAAGAUUUUUGAAACCAUCCAGAUACUUAAAGCAGAGACAAAAGUGCAAACCAUACAUCCAUCUUCUGCAAUUCUUUCAUGCCAAACUGUUUGAAUCCCUCUGGUCUAAUGAAACUAAAAUGAUCUUUGGUCAAAAUGACAAGCAUUCAGUCUGUAACAAACUAGGCAUGCUCAUCAGAUGGACAAAUCCAACGCUCCUGUGAAACCUGGUGGUGGCAGUAUCAUGUUUAGAGAAGUUUUUCAGCUGCAUGAGAUACACAUGAGACACAUCAUUAUUGUAGGAACUAAUCAAAGUUAUUUGAAGAAAUGUGUACAACAAAUUUAGCUUUCAACAUGACAAUGACCUGAAACACGUUAAGUGUUAAGAUACGUGUAACUGCUUUUGAGUGGUUCACCCGGCUUCACUGUCAAUCAACAUCUCUCAUUUGAUGUAGUGAGGAAAUCUCUCAGAUCUGAAAAAAAAAAUAAAAAAUUUGUGAGGACUAAAUCAACAAAAUCGGACCACAAGGUGAACAAACAAACAUUGUUUCUGUAUCACAGUAAAAAGAGCCAAAUUUUCAUCUAACAGAAAUAAGAAGUAAGCAGGACCAAGACUGCAGAAAAUCACACAGUAUUAGCAUCAGUCUUGUAAAUGACAUCAAGAUCAAUUUAGCAGACAAAGUACAAAUGUAGGAGCUAUUUGUGUAUUUUUGUUUGUGUAAUGUUAAAAGUUUGUUUAUUUGUGUGUUGUCCUGUAAGGACUUUAAUAUUUAUAUGUGUGCUUUAAAUAUUUUUGAUAAAUAUUCCUCUAUAAAAAUGUAAAGUUUAUAAUUACUUUAUCUACUUAAUUUGUAAAAAUAUAUGGUUCGUUUUAUGCGAUGUCACUUCCGGUUUCGCCACUUCCGGUUAGCGCUCAGUGCUCAAUCUUGCAGUGAAACCGGCAUGGCGUGCUCUUUAUAGUAUCCAGCGCAUCCACUAAAAACAUCAUAGAGGCAAUGCCGUAAGUUCAUUAAUACGAUAUCACACACGUUAAAGAUCAUAUAUUAGAGAUUAUUUGUUCUAAAAGGCGAUGUUUUAUGUGCCGUUAAAAAUGGUUGUAACCACCCUGUUUAAGCUUUAGCGAUGCUAAUAGCAAAUAGCAGUUUGUCUUUGUUAAUUUAUAAUGCAAUGUUAGCCAAGACUCUGAAUAUUGUUGUUUUGUCUUAUUGCAGUUUUCACCGUACAAUGUAAAUGAGAGAGUGACAGUAAAGGGUAAAUCUUA